AUGAAUAAAUUCAUUAUUGGUUUCUUUUUAUGUUUAACUGUUUUUUUAACCUUUGUAAAUAGUUCAGAAAUUGAUCAUCAAUACUCACUCACAAGUAGUAUUAAUGGAAGUAGCAGUGGUGUAAGUAAUUCAACAGAUAACACUGGUUGUGGUGAAUACACUUCAUGUGGUGAUUGUAGAGAAGAUAAAGGAUGUGUUUGGUGUGGAUCAGAAGGUAUUUGCACUGAAGGUACAUUCUAUGGUACUAAACCAUUAAAUAUCAAUGGUGCCUGUAAAGAUUUCAUGUGGAUGCAAUGUAAAAUUCAAGGUCGUUGGGCAAUUUUAAUUGCUGCUGGUGGUGCCUUCUUAAUUAUUGUCUUCUUCUUUAUUUGCCUUUGUUGUUGUUGUUGUAGAAGAAAGAAAGAUAAACACUAUCAUAACAUUCAAGAUGAUGAAACUGAACGUUUGGUUUCUCGUACUCCAAUCACUGAUAGACGUAGAGAUGAAAUGAGAGCUAAAUGGGGUAUUGGUGCUAAAAAUAACAACAACAGCUCAAGUUACCAAAGUGAUUCAUGGAGAUAA